AUGGAGGAGGGCGGGAGCUCCGGUGACCACACUAUGCUGACUGGUCCUCAGCCCGCGCCAGAUGCAUUCCUGAAAACUGAGCUGGGCCGCCCGUUCCAGCGCCAUGUUCAUACGUAUCGCAUCCUUCCCGAUGACGACGGUCUCCUGGCAGUCCAGCAGACCACACAAGGAGUGCAGGUCAACUGCUUCCGGACUCUGGAAGACCUUGUUUUGGGAUACCAGCACCCCCACAAAGGCCUGGUCACCCCUUUGCUUUACCCCGUGCCCCAUGACGCCGACACAGGCGACGAAAGCUCAGAUGAGGAGAAGACGCCUCAAAGUUCAGCCCCUGUCAACGCAGUCACCUUCACCACACCGCCGCCGGCAACACCAGACCCGCACGCGGUGUUCUUGGAUAAGUUGCAGGAACUGAACACGUCAAAUACUGCCAGCGACGUGGUCUCACUGCUCAACGGCUACUUCUUCAGCGAGCUGCCUCUGGAUAUCGACAACGUGCACAAAGGGGCGUCGGCACUUUGCCACCUCAAGCGUAUGCUGGGCGUGGCCUGCCAGGGCCUGAACAGUGAAGUCGACCUGACACUCUCAAGUCUGGAGACCCUGGCAAAGGUUUUUGACCACCCCAGCUGCUCCUUGCCAAAAACAAAUGUGCAGAGUCCAGACAUGGAGGUGGACAACCUGUUGUGUAAGAUUUCAGCCUUGGUCAGCCUUCUUUCUUCGCUGGAAAAAAAGGUACUUAAGGCCCUCCAAGACGCAGUCACCAAUCACAAUCUGGCAGUGCAGCCUAACCCGCCUCCUCCGGAACCAACCGCCAUUCUUCCCACUUCUCCCAAGACUCACUGGCAUCGGCAGCUGCCGGUUCACUCCUUCCAGGUAAAGAUGCUGCGCUAUGGCAGGCAGACCGUGUCGGUGGACGUGGACGCAGGGGUGCUCCUGUUUGACAGGAAAGCCAACUCAUUCGAGGUAGAACGGGUGUCCCACGACCGAGUUCUUCAGCUUGUCAAGUACCAGAGUUGCCCUGCCAAGGUACGCCUGGUGAUUGACAGCCACCACAACGCACCACGAGAGAUGAUAUUCGAGAGUGUUCGGAAGGGCGACGCCUUCUGCCAACUCCUCCAGCUGAUGAAAACUAGGCACUCGAACCUGAGCGAACCGGACGUCAUCUCCGUUUUUGUCGGCACCUGGAAUAUGGGGAGCUCCCCCCCGCCUCGCAGCCUGCAGUCAUGGGUCACCUGCUGUGGUUUGGGACACACCCCCGACGACUCUGUUGCCUCGCUGCCCCAUGACGUCUACGCCUUGGGCACGCAGGAAAACCCUCAGGGGGAGAGGGAAUGGGCGGAGCAUAUCAGAGCCACGCUUCGCAGCCACACCCAGAUUGACUUCAAACAAGUGGCAGUGCAGUCCCUCUGGAACAUUCGUCUGGCUGUGUUUGUCAAGCCUGAACAUGAACACCGCAUCAGCCAUGUGAGCACAGCCAGUGUAAAAACUGGCCUAGGUAACACUCUGGGGAACAAGGGAGCGGUUGGCGUGUCGUUCCACUUCAACGGAACAUCUUUUGGCUUUGUUAACUGCCACCUGACCUCUGGAAGUGAGAAAGUUCUAAGGAGGAACCAGAACUUUGUUGACAUCCUCAGACUACUUUCACUAGGCGACAAAAACCUUGGCGCCUUUGACAUCAGCCUGCGCUUCACUCACAUCUUCUGGUGCGGGGAUCUCAACUACAGACUGGACUUGGAAGUGCAGGACAUCCUGAAGCACGUGUCCAAGAGGGAGUUUGAGGAGCUCAUGUGUGCGGACCAGCUGACCCGGGAGAGGCACAAGCGGAAGGCCUUUUUGUAUUUCAAGGAAGACAAGAUCGCAUUUCCACCCACCUAUCGGUACGAAAGAGGCUCAAGAGACUGCUACCUGUGGCAAAAGUACAAAACUUCAGGGGUGCGGGUCAACGUUCCGUCGUGGUGUGACAGGAUUCUGUGGAAGUCGUACCCGGACACACAUGUUCUCUGCACGGCGUACGGAUGCACAGAUGAUAUCUUCACCAGCGAUCACUCGCCUGUUUUUGCUACCUUCCAAGUGGGCGUGACGUCACAGUCCAGCUCCAAAACAGAUCCAUGCUCAGGCGUGGAGAAGGCCUGGAUCGAACUUGAAGGCAUCGAGGCCAUUGUGAAGACGGCAAGCAAGGAACGCUUCUUCAUCGACUUCUCCUCCACUUGCCUUGAAGAGAUGCGUCGCUCCAGCGAGAAUGACUCGCAAAGCUGCGACGUCCCCGGCUUCCUCAAACUGGCCUGGUCCUUCAAGCAGCUGCCCAAGCUCCUGCCACUCAAGUCCGACAUGGACUAUCUGCAGGAUCAGCAUCUGCUCCUGUCGGUCAAGUCAUGUGAUGGCUUUGAGUCGUACGGUGAAUGCUGCGUGGCUCUGCGUUCUCUCGUCGGCGCCUCGGAGCAGUUUGAGACCUUCCUGAGCCACCGGGGUGAAGAAAUCGGCUCCAUCAGAGGACGGGUGCGGCUCCACGUGCCCAAGGAGAGGCGAGGAACCCGCCAGAAGACCCACGAGUGGUUACGUUUUGAGAAAGAGGACAGAGGUGCAGGCAGAGUUCACGCAUCCACGCGAGUCCCAAUUAACAGGUCUUUGGCGGCUCCUACCAAGCCAACCACGAGCAGCUACACCAACCCGGCCUACUUCAUCUUUGAGGGUGUGUCGGUGGUCCGGGGGAUAGAGGAAGCUCUCCCCCCGCAGCGAAGGGAACCACAGGUCAUCUGGGCCGGAAACGAGGCCUUGCAGCUCCCAAAAGUCUCGGGAAGGCACGGCUUCAACGCCCGGUCCUGUCGCCGGUCAGACUUCACGGAAAUUGAAAUCCCGGCCGUCCUCCCUCCGCUUCAGACACCUCAAGCCAACUCGUCCUACGAACUUUUCCCCGCCAAAAAGCCCUCCCCCAUUUCUCCGCCCUCCGGUAAAGGUAUCCCCCUGUGCCAAGACCAGGUGUCCCAGCCUAAGUACCACGCCAAAAAACCACCCCACGACUCCAUUCUGCCGGAGAAGAACCUGAGGAACCUGUACAUGAACCAGUCGGCCAUCAUCCGCCAAAAAGCCAAUAGGAACCUUCCAGAGAGGAAAUCCAAAUCCCCGCCAGUUUUCUCCUUCACCCCGGCUCCUCUGGGACACUGCCAGGUGCCCUCUGCCUGGGCGGCCGAGCAGCAGCCCCUCGGCCCCACAGGCGACAACUCCCUCACCGCUUUGCAGAUUGCCAAGUCGCUCAGUGAGGUGGACUUCUUUCCUGCAAAGCAAAGCGCUCCGUCCUUUCCCGGCCAGAGGCCAGGCUACAGAAAUGGACCCACCUCACACACAGAGAGGGGUCACAGUUGGGAGAAAGAGGUUUCGGUCCUCCAAGGUGCUCCGGAGACGGUCUGUGAGCUCCUCAGUGCUUUGGGUCUGCAGAAGUACACUCUGGGACUCAGCCUUAAUGGCUGGGAUGAUCUGGAUUAUUUCAGCGGCAUCACCGAAGAGGAUCUGCGUGCUGCUGGAGUGACAAACUCCUCUCAUCGACGCAGGAUCUUGGAGAACCUGCCCAGAAACUGGAACUGACACGCGCAGAUCAACAAAACAAAAAACAUGGACAGGAAUCCAGGCAUCAAUCCAGAAGUUUAUUUUUAGCACUCACAGUUUUUGUGGAUCUUACAACAUUUCAGGGAUUUGGUCUUGACUUGGUGCCAUUUUCACUUGUUAUUUUUUAGGCUUGUCCAUAGGCUGCUUUGCUUCUUUCCCCCCCGUCCAGAGUUCUACCAGUUUUCCUUCCUGGACAGAAUCAAGAACUGUUGACUCCACUAAAUCGGACGUGGAUCCGUUUAUGGAUCAUUCUGUGGAUUUAACCACCUUGCCGUGUGCAGUGGACCCUCGGAUCUUCCAAUUUAACCUGAAGUUUCAAGGAAAACACGCCAAACUAAGGUAUCAGGAGUGAUAACCCAAAGAGAACACGUCUAAUGAGGACUAUGGCGGUCUUUCUCUUAGGAUUAUUGUAGCCACAUCUAAGGAUAGAUUUUUUUUCAGUCCGCGUAUUGUCGACUGGGCAAAAUCUGUGGUGCCGUUUUAUGUUUAAUAUUUUUUUUAAAGAGCAGCUAUCCCUGAAUAAACAGAUCUCAUUUGCAAAAAAAAGUUUAAGGAGGUUUCAUAGAGCUGCCUACAAAUAGUCCAGGACUCGGAAAUUCGAUUCGUAGGAGUCUAAUUUAACUAUCAACCUUACAGUCAAAUCGUCAGCCGUUAAAGAAAAACAUUAUCACAAUUUCUGAAGGGUUAAAACCAAUACAAAUCAGUUCCCAGUGGCUUAUUUUAUUUUUCUAAGUUUUUCUCAAAAUUUUACCCAUCACGCAAUAUCCCCACAAAUGACUUCAAAGGGCCUGAUUUAACCGUCGUUAUAACCACCCGUUCAUUAUCCUGUGACGUCACAGCGUGACCACACAGAAACAAACACGGCGGAUAGCACAGAAAUGUAUAGCGAUAUUAGCUCGGAUUCAGACUCGGAUUUCAGCGGCGUAAGCGAUUCAACAGAUUACGCAUGUAUUGAAACGGAUGGUUGGAGUGUGGAGGCAGGUACCGAAAACGAAAUUAAAGAAGAAACAGAAGAUUUGAGCCAUGUCACAACAGACCGUGGCACGGGAGGAAGCACGGACGAAUUUGGCGAUUGCCUUCUAACCAACGAUUGGUAUGUGUUUGUUUGGCAUUAAAUGUGGGUGGAGGGAAAGGCUGGAUGCAAAUAUAGCUACAAAUGUACAUACAGCUAGCCUAAAUAGCAUGUUAGCAUCGAUUACCUUGCAGUCAUGCCGUGACCAAAUAUGUCUGAUUAGCACACAUAAGUCAAUAACAUCAACAAAACUCACCUUUGCGAUUUCAUUGACUUUAUGGUUGGAAAUGCAUCUGCUUUGAGUGUCGCAGGAUAUCCACACAUUCUUGCCAUCUCGGUCGUAGCAUAGCUGUCGUCGGUAAAGUGUGCAGAACAAACGAGGGGACAUCUUUUGACCACUGGUGCAUGAAACAUAUGUUUAUUAUUGUGAUUUAAACCUUAAAUAAAAUAGUGAACCUACUAAACAACUUGUCUUUUAGUAGUAACUUGUAAGUAAACAAACAAAGAUUCCUAAUUAGUCUGCUGACGUAUGCAGUAACAUAUUGUGUCAUUUAUACACCUAUAAUUUUGUACACAAUAUUAAGGACAAGCUGUAAAAAAUUAUUAUUAAUCUACUUCUUCAUUUACUGUUAAUAUCUGCCUAUUUCUCGUUUGACAUGUUCUAUCUACACUUCUGUUAAAAUGUAAUAAUCACUUAUUCUUCUCUUCUUUGAUACUGUACAUUAGUUUUGGAUGAUACCACACAUUUAGGUAUCGAUCUUGUCACGAUUGGGGGGGUCGCAGCUUUUUGCGGGGUUGUUCUCCCAGGAAGGCAGACGGACUACUUGGGACAUGGCGUUUGGGUAAAAACAUGAUUUAAUUUUAACUAAAAAAAAGAUACAAACUCACAGCGGAGGCACAACUUGGGGUAAGGAACAAAACUAACGCAUAAACAGACUAUGAACGUAAAUCAAACAAAACUUACUUGGCAUGGCAUGAGGCACGAAACUAUGGCAAGGCUUCAAACAAGUCAGCACAGAGCAAGAAAAGAUCACAAUGACUCCAGGCCGACCAACAGAAAACGACAGGCUUAAAUAGUGAUGUGGUGAUUGAAAACAGGUGCGUAGGUCAAAACAAAUCAGGUGACAUGACAGGUGAAACUAAUUGGAUGGCAUGGUAACAAAGCAAACAAGGAAGUGCAAAAACAGGACACAAUGGAGUCGUGAGCAAAACAGAAUAUAACUAAACAAAACAUGAUCACAAGACAUGACAAAUCCGAUACCAAGUAGUUACAGGGUCAUACAUUGGUCACAAUGUAUGUCCUCAUGUGUCCAGGGUGGUAUUUAUAAACAUAGUAUACAUUUUUAAAAAACGAAAUAAGAAAUUGUGCUGCUAAGAAAUAUCAAUGUAAUCAUAGUAGUAUCGACAAGACACGCUCCUGUACUUGGUAUCAUUACAGUGGAUGUCAGGUGUAGAUCUACCUAUGGCGUUUGUUUAUAUUGUGACGCCGGUGAGCUAUUGUAUCCUCCUACGGUGUGUCGUGAAGCUUGUUUAGCUCUUACUCAUCCUGCAGUAAGAAACGUACUUUAUUUGUCGCCAUGGAAGCGAGGAUUAGUGAUUUAGAAGUAACUAAAACACUGCAAACUGCGACUGGACGUUAACCGCAAGCUAAAGCAAUGUUAUAACUUAACCUUUAUCUGUAGUUUUUAAGGCAAAAUGCGUCCAUUCUCCCUUUUCUGUCUACACACUGUGUCUGCUUGUAAGUACUCUGUGUGCGCGCGCUGCCGAACGUGCUCCUCUGCUCGUAAAACCAGCAAUGUAAACUAAUGUAAAGUAUCAAAGAAGAGAAGGAUGAUUAUUACGUUUUAACAGAAGUGUAGAUAGAACAUGUUAAAACAGAAAAUAAGCAGAUAUUAACAGUAAACGAACAAGUACAUUAAAGGCCGACUGAAACCCACUACUACCGACCACGCAGUCUGAUAGUUUAUAUAUCAAUGAUGAAAUAUUAACAUUGCAACACAUGCCAAUACGGCCGUUUUAGUUUACUAAAUUGCAAUUUUAAAUUUCGCGCCGAAAUAUUCUGCUGAAACGUCUCGGUAUGAUGACGCGUACGAUGACGCGUGCGCGUGUCGUCUCGGGUUGGAGGGGACAUAUUAGCCCAGCACCACUUACGACUAAAAGUUGUCUCUUUUCAUCGCAUAAUUACACAGUAAUUUGGACAUCUGUGUUGCUGAAUCUUUUGCAAUUUGUUCAAUUAAUAAUGGAGACGUCAAAGAAGAAAGACGUAGGUGGGAAGUGAUGUAUUGCAGCUGCCUUUAGCAACACAAACACAGCCGGUGUUUCUUUGUUUGUUGUGAAGCUUUAACACAGAGCGGUCAAGCGAACAUGUUUCUCUACGUCAACCAGCAAGUUUUUGGAUGGGAACAUUUUGAUAUGAAGUCAGCUCUUACCGGGGACUUCAGUGGAUUAUGGGACCUCAUCCUGCAGCUGUCAUUAAGGCUUCUGUGAUCUUGGCUCCUCCAUUGGCUUCUCUCUGAGACACUGGCGUUCACCGCAGCCAUCCGACUUUCAGGUAUGACUUUAGAAUCUCACUAAAAGACUAUUAAAACAAUACGCAGAUAAGGGAUUUUCCAGAAUUAUCCUAAUAAAUGUGUCUAAUUACAUCUGAAACGCUACCACUGCCUUUUUUUUUUUUUUUUAAAGUGCCUCACUCUAACUUUCCUCAUCCACGAAUCUUUCAUCCUCGCUCAAAUUAAUGGGGAAAUUGUCGCUUUCUCUGUCCGAAUAGCUCUUGCUGCUGGAGGCUAUGAUUAUAAACAAUGUGAGGAUGUAAGGAGCCCUACAACCCGUGACGUCACGCGCACAUCGUCUGCUACUUCCAGUAAAGGCAGGGCUUUUUUAUUAGCGACCAAAAGUUGCAAACUUUAUCGUCGAUGUCCUCUACUAAAUCCUUUCAGCAAAAAUAUGGCAAUAUCACGAAAUGACACAUAGAAUUGACCUGCUAUCUCCGUUUAAAUAAGAAAAUCUCCUUUCAGUAGGCCUUUAAUAAUACAUUUUACAGCUUGUCCUUAAUAAUGUUGAAAAAAUAACAGGUGUAUAGAUGACACAAUAUGUU